ACUCAGGUUCAGCCCUACUUACAUCAUUACUUACGGCGAACGCACGUCGGACAAACAAAUCAAAAUAACGCGUCUUUGCACCAGAACAUUCAUGUCUCUCAACGACAUCUGGGACGCGCCAAUUUCCCCCAUUCGCGCUACUACGCCGCAUUUUGAUACAACCAGCUCACAGAAGCGCCACAGAGAGACUUUAUUUCUUUCUGACUCAGAUAACGAGGACGAGCAACCGGCGCCCAAGAGACCUACUAGCUCCGCACCGAGACCAGACGUAGACGCGCUCUUCGCCGACAUCGAUAAUGAUGGACCAGAGGAAGAGGAUGACUUGAGAUAUAAGCCCCUUGCUCCUGCCCUUGACCUUGAGGCGCUUCGCAAACAGGCCGCGGCAAAGCACGCGUUGACACCCCAUCAAAUUUUGCCUAGUAGUUCUCCGCCGAGAGAUGUAGGUCAUGGUGAAGACGACGAGGUGGACAAGGAUAGCAAGGGGAAAGGGAAAGGAGAAGGAAAAGAGAGAAAGAAGGUUGCAUUACUUGAUGAAACAAGUUUGAUAGGAGCAACGGGGUUUCCACAACUCAUUCAGAAUAUCAAGGAUUUUAAGGUCAAAGGGAAAGGUCAUGAGCUUUCAGACCUCCAUCGGAUUCUCCAAGUAUACCAGUUUUGGUCUCAUAGAUUGUACCCCAAGACUCCGUUCAAGGACACCGUUGAGCGUGUUGAGAAGUUAUGUCACUCAAAACGAAUGCAGGUCCGGUUAAGCGUAUGGCGCGAUGAGGCGAAAGGCCUUGUCAAACCAGGAGAGAACGACGACGACGACGUUAUUGAUCUCACCGAUCCAAAUAUUGAGAGUACCAAGAAUGACGAUUCGUCCUCUUCGCGUGCCCCGUCUCUUCCGCCCUCGUCGUCAGAGGCUGAAGAUGACGAUUUCGAUAUCGAUGCUGUCGUUCGAGAAGAGGAGAUACGCCUUGCUGCGUUCAGAGCACAGCAUUCGGUUUCCCCCGCACCUCCCGCACCAAAAGCCAAAUAUAAAAUUUUGCCACCCGAAGUUGCAGAUGGGAUGGACAUUGACGAAGAGGUGAUGUGGAAUGACCUCGAGAUAUUCGAUGACCCAAUCUCCAACCCCGCUCCGCUACCUCCGAAGAGCAAUAAACCAAGCCUCUUAGCCGACGACCAGGAUGAAGAGAUGUGGGAUAUGGUAAGGGAACUGGAGAGAGAAGAGUAUACAGCAUCAAAGCAACUUCCUGUGUCAUCCGUGUUGAGCACGCCUUCGGCAGAGACGGCCAACACGUCUCUCGGGACGAAUGACGAAGACUUUGAUGAUAUAUAUGCGUAGGUUCAGAUGGUACGUACGCAAACGAAUGCCAUAUUAUGAUCUUGUCGUUUGGAUACAAUAACCGAACUUCUUUGUUCUUCACGUCCGUCUUCUGAUUCCAACCAAUGAAGCCUCGGAUAUAUGAGCACUGAGGACGGCGGCGGCGAGGG